UAGAGCAGGGACAGAGCAAAAGAAGGAUAAUAGCAAGCCGUGUAACAGCUCGUCAUACCCCUGCAAUUGCUACAUCAUGCUGCUGUGUUACAAAACAAUACUGACUUCAAAGAAACUAACUGACACAGCUGAGAUUUUUAGCUGUUUUAUUAAUCAAUAGAUUUAUAAGACAUAAAAAAAAGUUAUGUUUUAUCUGAGUAAUUAAUAAGCACAUGGAAUAGAAAGCAUCUUUGGUCUCACUGACUAUUUGUAAAUAAUGAAAAUAAGAUAUGCCUUAACAUGUGCUUAGGGUCAAAAAUGGUUGGAAUUUUAUAAUUCAGGUCUAAUCUCACUUUUUACUCUGAAACAUAGACCACUGUGAAAAGUGGUGAGGAUCUUGAAAUGUUGCAAAAAUUUCACAGUUUCAAUGGAAAUGUUGCCAUGACAUGGGACUUUUUUACGCCACAAAACUGACAUAUCGGAUUUCAUAAAUGACCAUGUCCAUUAUGCUUACUUUUCCUCUGCAAAGUCCUACACUACAUGCAUGCACAGAUUAAUGAUAAUUUUCCUAAUCUUUGUUCCUAAAGUGCAAUGAUGAGUCAUACUCCUGCCGCUUGGUUCACAAUCAGUGUUAUUGGUUCCUACACGAAAGAACUGAGUUCACCCUCAGAGUGGCAAACAUCUAGGUGGCCUGGUAUGACCUGGUUGUGUAAAAUACAACCCUCUUUUGAAAUCAUAUGUGUAUAAAUAGUCCUGAUUUACCUAGUGCUACAUUUAAUUCAGAAUUCUUACUAAAAUGGAGCUUAUUGGAGCAACUGCUUUGUUACUGCUAGCAUGCGGAGUAGUCAUCCUUCUAAGCAUAACACAAGCCAGAAAAGGGAAGAGCAAAGGCAGAUUGCCACCAGGGCCAACACCCUUGCCUAUCCUGGGAAACCUUCUUCAACUCAAUGGAAAAGAAGUGUUUAAGUCACUCAAAAAGCUGAGUGAAAAGUAUGGACCGGUAUACACUAUCCACAUGGGCAUGGAUCCUGCUGUGGUAUUGUGCAGCUGUGAUGCAGUGAAGGAGGCGCUCAUUGACAAUGCCGAGGACUUUGGUGCCAGAGGGCAUAUGCCACUUCUCGACGUAAUAACCUCUGGAGGCCAUGGGGUAGUGGGCAGUAAUGGUGAGCGCUGGAAACAGCUACGCCGCUUCUCUCUGAUGACAUUGAGAAACUUUGGGAUGGGUAAAAGAAGCAUUGAACAGAGAAUUCAAGAAGAGGCCCAGUUCCUUACGGAAGAAUUCAGAAAGAGCAAUGGCCAGCCAUUGAAUCCAACGCUCUAUUUUUCCAAAGCUGUUUCAAAUGUCAUUUGUUCAGUGGUAUUUGGAAAUCGAUUUGAGUAUGAGGACAAAGAGUUUCUGAAACUUCUGGGCUUUCUGGAUGAAGCCUUUAAAUUAUUUAGCUCUGUAUGGGGACAGAUAUACAAUGUCUAUCCUAAACUUAUGAGUAAAAUGCCAGGGCCUCAUCAGAAAAUGUUCAAUUUUAUUGAUGGUGUUCGUGAAUUUGUUAAAAAACAUGUGAAAGCGCACAAGGAGAUUCUGGACCCCAGUGAUCCUCGGGAUUUCAUUGACUGCUUUCUCAUUAAGAUGGAACAGGAAAAAUACAUACCUGAGACUGAGUUUCACAUGGACGCGAUUGUCAAUACCACAUUCGAUAUGUUUACUGCUGGAACACUAACUGUUAGCACAACACUGCGUUAUGGACUGACAAUUCUCCUCAAGCAUCCUGAUAUUGAAGAACGUAUCCACCAAGAGAUUGACCAAGUCAUUGGAAGGAACAGGGCCCCAAGCAUAGAAGAUCGAUCUCGUAUGCCCUACACGGAUGCUGUAAUCCAUGAAAUUCAAAGAUUUAUUGACCUGAUACCAUUAGGACUCCCACACAAAGUAACACGUGACCUAAAGUUUAGAGAUUUUUUUAUUCCAAAGGGUACAACUGUCUUCCCAAUGCUCAGUUCUGUUCUACAAGAUCCAAAGCAGUUUAAAUACCCACACCAAUUUUAUCCAGGCCAUUUCUUGGAUGAUAAAGGGAAAUUUUGUCAGAACAAUGGAUUCAUGCCAUUCUCUUCAGGAAAACGAAUCUGUCUCGGUGAAGGUCUUGCAAAAAUGGAGCUCUUCCUGUUUUUCACCACCAUUUUACAGAACUUCAGCCUCCGGUCACCUGUGAACAUUAAAGAAAUAGACUUAACACCAUUAACAAGUGGAUUUGGAAAUUUUCCUCGUUAUUACCAGCUGGCCUUCAUCCCACGCUGAUUAAUUUAAAUCUUACUGUUUUUAUUAAAUUUAUUUCUACUUUUCACAUUUACAAGAAUGAAACAUCGCAAGAUUAGUAGCUAAAUAUUAUUUGCCAUCAGCUUCAAUAAUGUCUCUUAUAAAUGAUAAAAACUGUUGACAUUUUAGAGAAAACAAGUAAAAGCAUUUUAACAGUAAUAUUGCUGAUAAUUUUCUUU